AGUGCUGAAGCCUGCUUAGAACACAGCCAUAGCCACGCUAAAGUAUAGGCUCAGACGCCGUGUUCAUCGUUUGCUGUGUACUGCUCGCUCUGUCCGCUCGCGUCUGCCAAUUUGGCUUCCGGUUGAACGUCUCUCGGGAAGAGGCCGGAUAUUCUUACGCCAUAUGACACGUCCUAGGUGUUUCCGUGUGCUACAUCAUGGAUAUUUACUGCCUGCCAAAGGGGGAAAACCCAUUGAUGAGUGUGAGGAACCCAGAUAUGGCUACAGUGUGAAUUUCAUGUGGAUACAUUCGUCCGGAUUUUUCUCGCUUGGAUAUCCAUAGGCGUCACCUCCGCCGAGUCCGCUCUGGCCCGGGGGUCGCGCAUGCGCAGUCCAGUGAGGUGACUGGCCCCCGGGGCGCGAGCGCUCAUUAGCGGUCAGAGAAUGACCAGCACACAUUGGAAGCGUCUGUCCACCCUGGUCAUAGGCCUGGCCUUGGUGCACUGCGCGCGCUGCCUACCGGAGCUGCUCAAGAUAGGUGGCUUGUUCGGGGAUGGGGACGAGGAUCCAAGCAUCGAAAACGCCUUCCGCUACGCUGUCUAUAGGAUUAACCAUAACCGCAAGCUUCUAGCGGACACCAAACUCACCUACGACAUUCAGUCUUUGCCUAUCAACGAUGGAUUUGCUGCUUCCAAGAAAGUGUGUUACCAGAUAGAACAAAACACUAUUGCCGUGUUCGGACCUCGGGCGACCAACCUGGCUGGCUUCGUGACGUCACUCUGUGCUUCUUUACAGGUCCCUCAUAUCGAAAUUCGGAGUGACGCCCUGGACUCUUUGUAUACCCCGGCGCAUGCGCUGACAGUAAACCUGUAUCCGGGCAUGGAGCAGCUGGGCAGGGCUUAUACAGACGUCAUCACCUACUACGGCUGGACCGAGGUGCUGGUCAUCUACGGCGUCCGCCACGGAUUGAAUCGGGUGCACAAGGUACUUCGGGGUGACUUCAGAACGCGUGCUGAAAUCUUAGUGCGCUUUGUGGAGCCAGACACGAUGCGAGCAGUUCUGAAGGAAGCCAAGGAGAAGAAAUGGAGGAGGAUGCUGGUAGACCUGCCAGUGGACGACACUACUAUUUUUAUGAAAAUGGCCUUACAAGAGGGCAUGAUUGACCCAUACCAUCAUUACAUCAUCACAAAUCUGGACGUUGAAUCAAUCGACAUGGAAGAUUUCCGUCACAACUACGUAAACCUGACCGGGUUCCGGUUAGUUGACCCCGGUGACCCCCAGGUGAGGAAAAUCAUCCACGACAUGGAGAUAUACGAGAUGCAGACUGACCUCAGCCUACUGAAUACCACAGGAUACUUGUCUAUACCGGUAAAUGGACUACUACUUUAG